AUGAACAACAAAAGACUCUUCCCACUGCAUAAGGGGCUGGUACAAAAAGAGGAUAAUAUACAUACACCAAAAUUAGAUGAAAAUUGUGUGGAUAGCAUAUAUACAAACACGCGCGCCCCAUACAAUGCAAUUUCGUAUAUCAGAGAAUUUAACACUGCCCUUGCAUAUAUGUUCCCAUCUAAGGAAAAUUAUCUCUCAAUCCGUACAAACCAGGAAAGUUCAUUUACUGAGUUUCUUAAUCAUAACCCGAAGUGAAGAAAUACUCACUCAGAAUUCUGGCU